AUGGUCAAAUUGCAACUUUACAUCAAAGCCGAGCUUGAAAACGUGACGGAUCUCGCGCCAGCGUCUGAUGACUUUGAGUGGUUCUUCAAUGCGAGUCCAAUCGGACCAAACACAAAUCGAGUCAAAUGCAACUCUUGCAACGAACAGCACCCAAAGCUCGUCUCGCUGAACCGCACAGUGCGUCUCUCGAGCAUCAUCUCGCUUCCACCGCCAUUACACACUUUGAAUGAAGAGCGACCGUUGACGAUGGGGAAAGGGACCAUGGCGAAUUUUGUGUGGAAGUGCAGCAAUUGCAAGCGCGAGUCGUCUGCCAAAUUCGAUACCCCGACGCCGUCACAGCCCGCUCUUAGGCCAUAUACCUCUGAACAGAGCGGUCAAUUUGCACCGUUGAUCACCAUAGAGUGCCGAGGACUCGAAUUCGUGGGCUUCAAUCCACAGGGUAUCUGGAAGUGUAAGGGUGCAGAAUCAGAGACCGUCUUUGACGAAGUUGAUCUCAGUGAGGGGGAGUGGGUGGAUUAUGAUGAAAAGGCAAGUAUUCUUGACAUCCAUGGAUUCGAUACUGAGGAAUUUGCAGGCAUCAUUGCCCGUGGGUGUCACCUCUAUCGAAUCCAAAUGGGCGAGAGCGUAGCAGCAUAA